GAUACCUUAGUUGAUACAUAGUUACUAUCAAUAGAAUCUUAUUCCUAUUUUAUUUUCUCUGUUAGUGUGUGUAUUCUAUUCCUCUCCUGUAAAAAGGGGUAGAUUAGAUGACUACUGUUGAACAACUUGAAGUAGAUAAGUUGAAUGCUGAAGGUAAGCCUAUCUUUGUUGCUAAUGUACACCGGCGGUUUGCUCCUAGCACAGAUCGUGAGCUAACUGACCAGGAGAAGCUUGCAUGGAAGUCCUUUCAGCUAUGGCGAACGACACAAUCUAUUGAACGACGUGACGCCGUUUACAAAACGAUUAUUAACUCUGAUUUCACCAAUUUUAAUCUUGCUUACCACAUUUUGGGGACACCGUACCCUGUUGUGGACUAUAGGACUAACUUUGUGGAUUGCACGAUGGGUAUUCGAUGGUACGAGCACCUCAUUUCUGUAGCUGUGAGCUACGGCUACGCUUUUUGGGUUCGUUCAAAAGCAUCUAGAUCCACCACCAAAACGUCAUUUUUGGUUAAUAAGGGUCUUAUUUGUUGUUCAUUUUUACUUUCUGAGAUUGCCUUCUGCUACCGCAGCAUGUUCCGUCUUUCUGGGUUUUUACCCAACGAUUAUGAGUGCCGUAAGUACGGUGUGUUAGAAGACAAAGAGCGGCUGGAAAAGAAAAAGGAAAUAUGGGAGAGAUAUACCGCUUAUAAAAAGGAAUGGUGCCGGCGCUUUGACUACCAUGUUUAUGGAAUUCACCCUGGUGAUAACUGGAAUCUCUUUUCAGCGUGCUGGAUUCCAGCAUGGGAGACAUCUUUUAAUACCAAAACCGAUUAUCCACCACGGAAGAAUCCGUAUUUUCUUACGGCAACACCUUUACGCGAUAAGUUUGUGGAAAGUGCCAACUUUUACGAGGUUCCAACGAAUGAUAAUAUACCACUUAUUAAAGCACGUCCCGAAUUAAAGUACAUUUAUCGUGGGCCUCUUGAUGCCUUAGCCAAUAGGAAGGAAAAUUAA